AAAACGACGCUGCUCAUUUUAGCCGCCUUCCAACAUACGAUCCACGAUCCAGCACCCUACUCCGUAGUCGUAGAAAAUUAGUCGGAAUUUAGUUGUUUUUUUUCAUUCUUUCAUCUUUACCUCAUCUAGGCCUAUAAUCAUGAUGUCGUGUGUAGAUACAAUCGAUGGAAUGAGACAUGGGCACAGAAAUAAAGGACAAAUUCAGGUCAUCUUUGGGCCCAUGUUCUCUGGUAAAACAACUGAACUGAUCAGGAGGAUAAAGCGUUAUCAGAUUGCAAAUCACUACUGUCUUCUCAUCAAAUACGACAAAGACACAAGAUAUGACAAGGAUGGUGUAGCAACUCAUGAUAGGCAAGUAUGUAAAGCUACUUCUGCUAGCAAUCUAUCUUCAGUCAUAGAGCUUGCUGAGGAGUAUGAGGUCAUAGGAAUCGAUGAAGGCCAAUUUUUUCCUGAUUGUGUGAAGUUUUGUGAAGAAAUGGCCAACCUAGGCAAAAUCAUCAUUGUAGCUGCAUUAGACGGAACAUUCCAGAGGAAGGGUUUUGGUGAUAUUUUAAAUCUUGUACCACUUGCUGAAAGUGUCAUCAAGCUCAACGCUGUCUGUAUGCAUUGCUAUAACGAAGCUUCAUAUACCCGAAGGAUAGGAUGUGAAACAGCUGUGGAGGUCAUAGGGGGCGCUGAUAAGUACAUGGCCGUCUGCCGUGACUGUUACUUGCUCAGUCCGAGUAAGAUCAAUGAUAACAGUAUACAAACCCCCAUCACGCUAGAUACAACACACAAAGCCAACAAACAAGGGAGGCGAUUAUUCCAAUCUCCCAGUAGUGAUGGAGAGUCAAGCAUGUCACCUUGACUAUGGUGAAGUUUGGUUUUUAAUUAGUUUCUAGAAUUUAAAUUGUAAUUAUUAUGAAUUCAAUCUUUCACCAUUUUACAUACUUGUUAUCUUUUUUAAUCAUUGUUCAGGUAGAAAAUGACUUAAAAAGUAAUGCUGUUCAUGAUUUUCUUUUUUAAUGCAUACAUGUGAGUAGUUUGACAGACUGUUGGACAGUAAUUUGCUUAAAAGCAACUUUCAAAUGAAUUAAGUUGUCAGGAACCUUAUGGGAAGUCAAACCCAAGAAGGUUUUUGAUAAAAGAGAAGAAGAAAGAAAGGCAGAAACUCAUUAAAAAUUGAUGAAAUUCAAGAGUAAUCAAUUUUGUGAUGCCUCAUGUAAUCUGACCUCCCAAUGUCCCUUUUUUUAUUACAAUUUAAAGAACUUAUGAAGAUUAUUUGGAAUAUGUGUUUAAUUAUCACAUCAAAAUCAUUUGAGUUUCUUGGAGAUAACUGCAGUUGUUGAAUUCAUAGUUGGGCCUUCAUACAUGUGGGAGUGCAGCUUAUGUACAACAUCACAAAAAUAAGACAAUGAUAACUAUCACAAAUCUGGUAUUACUUUCCAUUAAAAAAAUUAUUAAUCUGCAUUUUUUCUGCAUUUAUGGAAACUUACUUUAAUAUUAGGGUGAACUUUCCCUUUGAAAUGAUAACAUAUAAUGUCCUAAUUUGACCUGGGAAUAAUUUAAUGAAGCUUGUCAGUUUUUUUUUUCAUUCUCUGGUGAUUACCACAGUAACAGUGAGAGACCAAUCAAUGCUUCUCAGCCAAUCAAAAUUGAGGAACUGACUGAAAUUAAAUGAUGACAACAUUCACGUAACACACCCUGAUAUCAGAACAGACAAAGAUUGGCAUUGGUAGCUAUGUAAGACUAUUUUUCAAUUCAAGAAUAUCAAAAUUAAUAUUCAUGUCUUCAUAGCGUUCAGAUGUAUUGUUUGAAAGUACUUAUCAAAACGGUUGAGAUGGAUUAUUAUUUGGUAUUUGUAUUCUUAAUCCACUUUGUUCACUGUAGUAUCAAAUAGUACUCGGCAAUGGUCAACACAAUAUAUUUUACUUUCCACCCUUAGUUUGUAUUGAUUCUAUUCUUCAUCGAAAAUGCCUGAUUAAAUACUUCUACCUCAUUCAUACAAAUACAGUGUACUAUGCAUUAUUGUUCAGGAACCAAAUCUGGAAUGAGAUAAGAUUCUGUAUUUGUCUCUGGGGUGCUCGUCCAGUUCUGCCACUUCUUUGUUUGGCACUUUGAAGAAAAGAUGAACAGUGAUUGAAUUUCAACAAUUCCUCUGAAGUGCACCUGUUCAAUUAUCAGUAAAUCUCAGUGUUGUCCUAUAAACUCCAGUGUUUGUUGAUGCAUUUUUGUCAUCCAAUCUGGGAAAAAAAAACCUCAUUCAUGAAACGUGUUUGAAUCUAUUGACAAGAGGCUAGCUAUAGUCCAUGAAUGAUAGUUACCAACCACAAAACUGUACAUACAGUCAGAGCUGCCAAGUAGUACUGAUUUUCAGUAUUUAGUACUGAAAAAUGAGAAGAAUACUGAUGGUUUCAUGCAAAAUACUGAUUUCUCAAGUUUCAGUUUUAUGUGUUGUCCUAUGGUAUUUCUUUGAAAAUACUGAUUUCCUCACCAAAAAUACUGAAAUGUUCUUGUUCAGGUUGGCAGCUCUGUACAGUACAUAUACAUGUAAUCCUCAAUGAUAGAACUUUCUGUUUUUAUAUCACAUAAUUAUGAAGUAUUAGGAUCAAUGAAAAUGGUUAUAGCAGUAUAUUAUUUUUGUCCUUUUGUAAAGGAACAACAUGUAAUAUGACUUUAUUUGUAUUCUACAUGUAUUUUUAUUUCACCGAACAUUGUAUGUCUGACAAUCAAGAUUAAUAUGCAAGUAUAUGACUAAGGCACUAAGCAUUCCAAAAAAAAAUUGAAACAUAAAUAUUAUUGGGUGAAGGCAACCCUUGAAGUCAGCGCACCACACUAGCCACAGGUACGGCAGUCCCAGACCAGUAAAAAUUGCUGUCGGGCCAGUAACUUUUCAGAAAUAGCCAGAUUUACUUUCCCGGCAUGACCAGUAUAAAAUAUAUAAAACUUUAUCCUCUUUUCUAAAAUUAUAAAAAUAGGUUUGGCAUCUUUAAAAAAAUGGCUCUCAUCUUUAUGUUGUAUCUGUGCAGUUUGGUUUUGUGUUUUUAUUAUGGGAGGGCAAUAAAAGAGACAAAUCUCGUCCUUUUUAUGUUUUUCUUUAUUUGGAGGGACCAGUACAAUUUACGUUUGGACCAGUAAAAAUAUUGAAAAACUGGGUAUCUACUGGUCCGACAUGAAAAGGUUGGACCAGUAUAAAAAAGAGGUUAGUGUGGAGCCCUGAGCAAGGCAAAUUCUGGACAAAUGUGUCUCCAAUAGAGAAGGGCAGCAAGCAGGCGAGGGGGUAUUCACAACAUUCACUUUGUCUCCUUGGGCUAAUGCAAACACUGUGUGAUGAAAAUACAUGUAUACCUGAAGCUUUUGGGUAGUUUCAUUCUCAGUUAUAGCAGUUUUUAAUGUGUUGGUUUUUUUUUAUGAUUUAUUUUUACUGUUUUACUUUUUUAAGCUGGUCAGUACACCUCUGCUAUUGAAUAGUUUUAAUAGAAUCUUAUUAAAGGACACUUGUUCUUUUCAGGUUUUUUUGCAAACUCAUGAACAAUUUACAAACAAAAUUACAUGCGGAAAUUAUGGUUAGCAUGAACAGUACAUGAAUAUGGUUCAUGAAAGGUUUUUUUGUGUGUGUAGAGAGGACAUCAUUAUAUUAAUGUUUUUAAACUGACCGUAAAACCAAUUACUCUCUUUUUAUGAAUUGGAGAUAUUGUAAAUAUUUGUGCAGAUAUCAAUAUAGAGUAGAAUGUACAGUUGACAUUUUCUAGCAAAAAAUAGGAAAUAUCAGUAUUUCC